UUACGAAUGACUCAAAAUACCAUAGGCCACUUAAUAGCAGUAUUUUUCUGUACACCGAAAGUGACUCUUUAGUUUACAGCGAAAGGUUGUUUUUUUGUACGCCACCACAAUGUAGUUAACAGUGAUACUGAUGCUACCUUGCGGAAACGUCCACUUCUGGUCUGACGACACGGAUCUUCAGAAGUAGACUAGGUUGAGCUACAAUGUAAUGGGUGGAGAGGGAGGACUGUGGCAACUACCGGAGCAAUUGUCUGAGAUGUGCCACUUUACAAGCAGUUGAGGUUAAAUAGACGACACCGGUUUACUUGGUAAUGUUAAAAUACCUGUAGUUUCCUACACAUAGAACCACACAGUUUCGGACGUUUGACCAAUGACUGACUGCCAAUGACGGAUUCCAUGAUGGUCUGGUAGUCAAACCAGUUGUCUUUGUUGCAGUGUCUUCAGAUUUUACGGCAGACGAGAGGCUCGAGAUCGAGAGGAUGAAGAUGCAUCGGCAGGAUCUUCUAGACGAAAUCAAGAAGCUGAAUAUGGACAUUGAUGCAAUCAUGUCAGAGAUCAGCGACUUUCAGUCCACAGAGGAGAAUAAAGUUGCUGAGAGGGGAAAGCAGUUCUCCAGCGGGAAGAAGAAAUUCAACAUGGACCCCAAAAAAGGGAUGAACUAUCUGGUGGAGAACGGGCUUCUGGAGAGCAGUCCGCAGCCAAUCGCAGAGUUCCUCUACAAGGAGGAUGGGCUAAAUAAGACUGCUAUCGGAGACUUCCUGGGAGAAAGGGAGGAGCUCCACCUCCAGACUCUGAAAGCUUUCGUUGACCUCCAUCAGUUCUCAGACCUCAACCUCGUGCAGGCACUCAGGCAGUUUCUGUGGAGUUUCCGUCUGCCGGGUGAGGCUCAGAAGAUUGACCGCAUGAUGGAAGCCUUCGCAAAACGUUACUGUGACUGCAACGCAGAUGUUUUUCAAUCAACAGACACCUGCUACAUCCUGUCCUUCGCCAUCAUCAUGCUGAACACCAGCCUCCACAACCCUAACGUGAAGGACAAGACCCCGCUGGAAAGAUUCGUCUCCAUGAACAGAGGCAUCAACAAUGGCGGAGACCUGCCCGUUGAGCUGCUAACGAAGCUGUACGACAGCAUCAGGAACGAGCCCUUUAAGAUCCCAGAAGAUGACGGAAACGACCUCACUCACACCUUCUUCAACCCCAACAGGGAAGGCUGGCUGUUCAAACUAGGAGGCAGAGUGAAGACGUGGAAGAGAAGAUGGUUCAUUCUGACGGACAACUGCCUCUACUACUUUGAGUUCACCAUUGACAAGGAGCCCAAAGGAAUUAUUCCUUUAGAAAACCUCUGUGUAAGACAGACAGUUUAUUCACGCAAACCGUUCUGCCUGGAGCUCUACAACCCCAAGAGCCACGGUCAGAAGAUCAAGGCCUGCAAGACGGAGACGGACGGCCGUGUGGUUGAGGGCAAACACCAGUCGUACAUGAUGUGUGCCUCCACCGCAGACGAGAGAGACUCCUGGAUAGAGAGCAUCAGAGCCAGCAUCACCAAGGACCCAUUCUACGAUCUAGUCUCGGUCAGGAAGAAGAAAGUGAUCAACCAGGUUCCUCAAGACUGAGGCACAAGACGCCCCUUGUGGCUCUUUGGCGGUACUGCACCAUUUAAGAGUGCACGGGACAUCUGCAGAAACGCAUCACAUGGGUUUCGGCUUAACUGAACGAUUGAACGACGAGGAGAAGGACCUUCUAUAACAGGAAUCAGAAAGGACCUGCUUUGUAAUAAAGAAAGUCGAGGGACUUUUUGUACCACAUGAGUGUUCCUUGCUCAAGUAGGGAAGAGUUACUUGCACUUCUACCUGGACUAAAACACUGUAGGGUUCAAUGUCUAAAGACAUUGGGUUCUCAUGUCAAGAGAGUGUCUUAUCUGAUGGCAUCGUAAAUACAAGCUGUCAUGGUCCUUAACCGUUAGCAGGGGAGAUAUAGUUGGCUGACACCCUGACAGAAGAUAAGUGGUUUCUCAUGUACUCUGUAGAUAGACACAUCCUAAAACUAAUUUCCUAUUGCUUCGUUUUGACUCUGCUUGAUACACAAAGGGCAGCGUGGGCCCUGGCCAAAAGCCAUUCACUAACCACACGUCAGGUUAGACUCCUUGGGGGAACUGGGGACUUUGGGUCCUGGAUGCUGAUUGGUUGAAAGCUGGGGUGAAUAGCAACAAAAUAAUUUACUCUUCUUAUGCGUUGUCAGAUGGUUAAAUAAAGCAAUAGGGGAUUUAUGGUAUAUCGGCCUAAGCAUUCACAACACAUUACCGUUUGAAUAUACCACAGAUGCAACAACGGUUUUGGGUUCUCAUUUUAGUAACCAGUUUAUAUCCUUCAGCUGCCCACUCUGACCUCAUUACCUAAUCAUCUCUCUGGGUGAUCACACAUUGUGUAAUCAAUAAACGAGCAUGGAUCCAGAUGGAGACAGAAACACACCUCAUAUUGCCAGGGAGUCCACAUUGGGCGCAUAGGUGAGACACAGUGUUUGACUUUUCAUGGGUUGAACAGAUCCUCCACAACAUGUAAAGAUAAUUAAUGUCAGUUGAGAGGGAUUAGGCUGAAGUGUUGGGAAAUGAUUAAGGUUAUUUAAAAGGGCUUGUAAUUGUCACUGUCAUGUCAUGCACUGAGAUAUACACACAGACAUACAAUAUAAUACAUAAUGAAAUGUUUUGGAAAUGCGUAUUAUUUUAUUUAUCAAUACGUAUUAUUAUUUUUUAUUUGUUUUUUUUACUUGUUCGUUGAUUAUUAAAUUGACUAUUUAAUAAAUUACAUAUAUAAGCCAUUGUGGAGAUGUCAGUCUACUUUGGGUAAAUACUGUUUUGGGAUCAGUUUGACUGACCAUCGUCGAUAGGAAACUUCACCCUGUUGAGUCCAGAAGGUCCUGUUUUCACUAACAAGUGACACCUGUGUUUUCAGUUGAAUGCACACACUAACACACACCUUCCCCUAUCACGUUUCUCACUUCCUCUUCUGUGUGUGUGUGUCUACUGUUAUUAGGGUGAGAAUUGUGUAAACUGGACACUUUCCGGGUAUUUGAACAGGAAUUGAUGGCCCCAAUAAGUCCUCGCAAGUACAGUAAAACAAGUGCGUGAGGGACUUCAGGCCGGGGGUUUGGUACAAGCACUUUGUGACAACUGCCGAUGUAAAAGGGGCUUAGUAAAAUACAUUUUAUUGAUGUGUGUGAAGUGUGUAUUACUGGGUGUGGCCCACACUCAUCUCAAGAGACCUCUGGUGGUGUUUCUAACAACAAAGCCACACAAGCGUCUUUAGUUAUCCAUACAACCGUCUUAAGAGUCAUGAACAUUCGUUAUUAUCAAGUUUUUCUUGAAAGGAAUUUGCUACCUUUUCAGCAAAAAUGACAAAUAAUCAAAAUAGUUGCACAAACCCAAAUGUCCCCAUCCGUUUCAAUUAGAGAUGUUUCAUGCUAUUAUGUUUUUGUUUUGUAUAGAUAAAAAAAGAAACAAAAACUUAGUCUGUAGCAACGUCAACUUAGUAUAACCAUAACCGAGUUAUUGGCCUAAAAUAUUGAGAUCUACAUCAAGAUUUCAAGCGCUAAUGAUUGAUAUUGUUGCUGUCUGAUAACAACCACGUAAUUCAAUUGAAUCAAAAACAGUUUCACACGACAGAAGACAUCCCUCAACGUAUUCUGGAACAUUCUUAACUUUAGGGCCAAGAACACGCGUUCCAAACAGCGUGUGAAGUUUCAUAAUGUAUGUCAAUUUAUUCAGAGAUACGUUGAGUUUCCUGCAAGUUGCCAUUUUGGAGAUAAGAGGUCUUGGUCAGGCAGAGAUUACGAUGACAGGCUUCAGUUCUUCCUUUUUGUUUCUAAUAUCCGGCGGUUUUAGGGUGACCUUUCCCCUUCACCGUCAAAACUACACCUUCCUUCAGGGGCGUUUCACAGCUCAUUUCUAAAGUUCUGCCUGUGUUCCUAACGGGCGGCUGCUUCACCGUCAAAACGACACCUUCCUCCAGGGGCAUUUCACAGGUUCUUAAUUUAAACUGUGGUUAUGAGGCUCCCACCACAAGUCAAACUCGAAACACACCUAAAGCACCCUCCUUUAAGAGUUACGACACAGAUCUGGGAUAAGGGUUACUGAUAAAAACCCAUCAGGCCUCAGAUCAGCAUCCCAGUGCUGACCCUGAGUGGUCUUUUUAAAUUGUGCAUCGCCACAAUGCAUCGCCUCAUUUCCUGUGUCCCGUGGAGCUUCCUGUUUCAGCGUUGCGCCACACACACGGGCCCCCCUUACACCAGUUCCCGUCACGCCUGUGGUUCCUCUCUGCGGUGAGAGCUACUGAAAACACACCCAGAGGGAACGAGAGAGAGAGAAUGAGAGUACGAGAGACAGUGAGGAUGACAGCGAGAAGGAGGAACAGAGGAAGAAAGUGUCUGAGAGGGAGAGAGUUGAAGAGAAUGAAAGGAAGAGAAAAUUAGGGAGGACGGGGGAGGGGGGGGCAGUAUGGGACAGAGAGAGGGAAAGAAGGGAGGGACAAAUGUGUACGUUUGACUAUGGUUGCUCGCACAUUACGACCACAGCGCUGAA